AUGUCAAUGCAACUCACCACCGCCCCCUCCGUAAACAUCGGUCUCCUCAUCCGCCGUCCUCCACACACCGUCUUUGAAGCCCUCGCCGACCCAUCCAUCACCACCCGCUUCUGGUACACCAAAUCCUCCGGCCGAAUGACCCAGGGCGCCGACCUCGAAUGGCAGUGGGAAAUGUACGGCGUUUCUACUACCGUGCACGUCCAGACCGUUGAGCCGGAUCGUCUUAUCCGCUUCACAUGGGGCAUGUACGACAAGGAGCGGCCGUCGACGGUGGAGUUUCGCCUUAUUCCGUAUCAGGGCGAUACGUAUUUGAGGGUCGUGGAGACGGGGUUCACGGGGGAUGCGGAUAAUCAGGUUAAGAGGGCGGUGGACUCGACGGGCGGGUUUACCUUUGUUAUAAGUGCGUUGAAGGCGGCGUUGGAGCAUGAUGUUACGCUGAGUGUGACGGCGGAUGCGUUUCGAUCUGAUUUGGAGGAGUAG